GAAGAGAAUCAAGUUCCCCCAACCCAACCCAACCCAACUUUGACUGGACCCCAAAUUUACGAGAAGAAAAAGUUGAGACUUUGAGACACUACUCAAUACUCAAUACUCAUUCAUAAUAUUAACAACUACUCUUUUCUUUCUUCUUCUUCUUCAUCUGAUUUUCUCUGUCACAAUAGCAUUUGAUGUUGAUUUUAAACAAUACCCAGUUUCUUAAAUUUCCUUUCUUUUCUUUAUUAUAUUAAAAAAGAAAAAAAAAAACAGAGAAAAAGAAAGUCAAGGUUGGAUUUUGUUUUGUUGGGAUGAAAUGAGAGAAAUAAUGAAUGUGUUUUUGUUUAUGGAAUCAGAUUUUAGCGUGUUCAUUUCAUCUUCUCUGUCUCAGUCUCAGACACAUUUCUGAACAUCGUACAUACAAACACCUUAAGAUCUGAUAACCAAGUACUAAACACACAGAAAACAAAUAUCAGAACAAAAAGAAAGGAAGAGUCUUUACUAAAUGUCUUUGAGUUCUUCUCUCCAAAGGAAAAGAAGAAAAGCUUCAAACUUGUUUUCUGAGACAACCAAUAUUAAAGACAAGACAAGACAAGAGAAGAGAAUAUAACUAAAACAAAACAAAGUUUGUAUAAAUAUUUAUAUAUAUGUGAUGGGAUUGUUUUGGUUGGUGCUUUUGAUUGCGUUUCAGCCACUAUUUAUAAUUUCUUCAUCAUCAUCAUCAUCAAGUUCCACUAGAAGAUUCUUGUCUGAUCAGAAAGCAGUGGAGUUGUUGUUAAACUUUAAAAACUCAUCUGUUGAGUCUGAUCCUAAUGGCAUGUUGGUUGAUUGGAAAGCUUCUUCAUCCACACCCUGCUCAUGGAAUGGUGUUUCAUGCUCAUCUAAUGGCUUAGUCACAGCUCUUAAUCUCAGCAACGCUGGCCUCACAGGCAGUCUCAACCUCUCCCAUCUAACUGUCUUGACCACUCUUAAGUAUCUUUACUUACAAGGCAAUUCAUUCACAGCAGCUGAUCUCUCUGCUUCAAAUGAUAAAACAUCAUGUGCUCUACAGGCCAUUGACCUUUCCUCCAACAACAUAUCUGAUUCUCUUCCAAAACCAUCUUUCAUGUUUUCAUGUCAAGCUCUCUCUUAUGUCAACCUAUCUCGUAACUCAAUCACUGGUGGAACUCUUUAUGUGGGGUCUUCUUUGAUGCAGCUAGACUUGUCUAGAAAUCGGUUUACAGACUCGGGUUUGCUGUCUUACACUCUCUCAAACUGUCACAACUUGAAUAUGCUCAACUUCUCUGAUAACAAGCUAAAGGGUCAAUUGGGUGUUACUCUAAAGUCUUGUAAAAGUCUCUCAAUUCUUGACAUUUCUCAUAAUCUGUUGUCUGGGAAGAUACCUUCUACCUUUGUUGCAGACUCUCCACCAACUCUCAAGUACUUGGACCUUUCUUACAACAAUUUUUCUGGGAAAUUCUCUGAUCUUGACUUUGGCAGAUGUGGCAACCUCACUUGGCUCAACAUGUCUAGGACAACACUUUCUGGUGCAGAGUUUCCUGUCACACUCAGCAACUGUCAGCUUCUUCAAACACUUGACCUCUCACACAAUGAACUUUCCUCAGAAAUUCCAGUUGGUAGCUUGGAAGUUAUGAAGAACUUGAGAAUACUGUCGUUGGGUGGAAAUGAUUUUUAUGGUGAAAUACCUUCUGAGCUAGGAAAGCUUUGUGGGACUCUUCAGGAACUAGAUCUCUCAGCAAACAAUCUCUUAGGUGAGUUGCCUUUGAGUUUUGGAACAUGUUCUUCAUUGACAAGUUUAAACCUUGGGAACAAUCAAUUCUCUGGUGAUUUCAUUGUUACUGUGAUUAGUAAUCUUCAGAAUCUGAGGUAUCUCUAUUUGCCAUUCAAUAACUUAACUGGUACAGUUCCACUGUCUCUCACCAACUGUACUCAGCUUCAAGUGCUUGAUUUAAGCUCUAAUGGCUUUAUUGGAACCAUUCCUGAAGGAUUCUGCUCCUCCUCCUCUUCUACCUUGGAAAAGAUACUUCUUUCAGACAACUUUUUGUCAGGAACUGUGCCAGUUGAGCUUGGAAAAUGCAAUAUGUUAAGAACAAUUGAUCUCAGUUUCAACAAUUUGAGUGGUGAAAUUCCCAUAGAUAUUUGGAGGUUACCAAAUCUUUCUGACUUGAUCAUGUGGGCUAAUAAUCUCAGUGGUGGGAUCCCUGAAGGGAUUUGCAUUAUUGGAGGGAACAUACAGAUGCUAAUUCUCAACAACAAUCUCUUGAGUGGUACCAUUCCACAGUCCAUUGCCAACUGCACAAACAUGAUUUGGAUAUCACUUUCGAGCAACCGGUUUACUGGUGAAAUUCCUAGUGGGAUUGGAAGUCUUGUCAACCUUGCAAUCUUUCAAAUGGGGGAUAAUUUGCUCUCGGGGCAGAUUCCUCACGAGCUUGGCGAUUGUCGCAGCCUCAUUUGGCUCGAUUUGAACAGCAAUCAACUCUCUGGCACUGUCCCCGCCGAGCUUGCUAACCAGGCUGGCCUAGUGGUUCCCGGUAUUGUUUCUGGCAAGCAAUUUGCAUUUGUGAGAAAUGAGGGUGGAACAGCCUGCAGGGGAGCCGGAGGACUAGUUGAAUUCGAGGGUGUUCGGCCUGAGAGACUAGAAAACUCUCCCAUGGUUCACUCUUGCCCCUCAACUAGAAUUUACUCUGGCAUGACUGUUUAUACUUUCUCCAAUAAUGGAAGCAUGAUUUAUCUUGAUCUUUCUUAUAAUUCUUUGUCUGGAACUAUUCCAGCGAAACUCGGUUAUAUGAACUAUCUCCAAGUCUUGAAUUUAGGACACAACAAGUUCAGUGGCAAGAUUCCAGACAGCUUUGGAGAUUUGAGAGCAGUAGGAGUUCUAGACCUCUCUCACAACAACCUUGAUGGAUAUGUUCCGGGGUCAUUAGCUACUCUAUCAUUUCUCAGUGACUUAGAUGUCUCUAACAACAACCUGAGUGGUGCCAUUCCCUCAGGAGGUCAGCUCACCACAUUCCCAGCAUCAAGAUAUGAGAACAACUCUGGUCUUUGCGGCCUUCCAUUACCGCCUUGUGGAUCACUACCCCGCGGAUCAGCUUUGAACAGCAGAGGAAGAAGGCAAUCUAUGGCUGCUGGGAUGAUAAUUGGCAUUGCAUUCUUUGUGAUAUGCAUUCUCAUACUAACACUAGCUCUAUACCGAGUGAGGCUGCACCAGCAGAAGGAGCAACAAAGAGAGAAAUACAUAGAAAGCCUGCCAACCUCGGGUAGCAGCAGCUGGAAACUUUCCAGUGUUCCUGAGCCUCUAAGCAUCAACAUAGCCACAUUUGAGAAGCCAUUACGCAAGCUUACUUUUGCUCAUCUACUCGAAGCUACAAACGGUUUCAGUGCUGAUAGUUUGAUUGGUUCUGGUGGUUUUGGCGAGGUUUACAAAGCGCAGCUCAAAGACGGGUGUGUUGUUGCAAUCAAGAAGCUUAUUCAGGUAACAGGACAAGGAGACAGAGAGUUCAUGGCGGAAAUGGAAACCAUUGGAAAGAUUAAGCACCGAAAUCUAGUUCCUUUGUUGGGUUAUUGUAAGAUUGGUGAAGAGAGGCUUCUUGUGUAUGAAUACAUGAAAUGGGGUAGCUUAGAAUGUGUUCUUCAUGAGCAGCCUAAGGGAGUAGGCUCAACAAAACUCGGUUGGUCAGCACGAAAGAAAAUCGCCAUAGGAUCAGCAAGAGGCCUGGCAUUCCUUCACCACAGUUGCAUACCUCAUAUCAUCCACCGCGACAUGAAAUCAAGCAAUGUACUUCUUGAUGAGAAUUUCGAAGCAAGAGUAUCAGAUUUCGGUAUGGCAAGAUUGGUGAAUGCUCUCGACACUCAUCUCAGUGUGAGCACCUUAGCUGGAACACCAGGAUAUGUUCCCCCAGAGUAUUACCAAAGCUUUCGGUGCACAACUAAAGGGGAUGUGUACAGCUAUGGUGUCAUACUUCUCGAGCUUCUUUCGGGGAAAAAGCCAAUAGACCCUUUCGAGUUUGGUGAUGACAACAACCUUGUUGGUUGGGCAAAACAACUUCAUAAAGAGAAGAGAAGCAAUGCGAUACUUGACAGUGAGUUGUUGAAAGAGAGUAGUUCAGGUGAGUCUGAGCUUUGCCAUUAUCUAAGGAUUGCUUUCGAGUGCUUGGAUGAUAGGCCGUUAAGGCGUCCCACCAUGAUUCAAGUGAUGGCUAUGUUCAAAGAACUUCAAGUGGAUGAUUCAGAGAGCAGUGACAUACUUGAUGGAUUCUCAGUAAAAGAAACAGCCAUUGAUGAAUCAUAAUCAAAAUCAUCAUGAAAUCAAAUCAAAUAAAAAAAAUUAAAGGCAGAGGUUAGAGGUUAGAGGUUUGAGAUUUGUGCAGUGUAAAUAAGAUGAUCAAUAGAGGGAUAGGAAGGAAACUAGAGAUUGAGUGAGUGAGUGAGUGAAAUGAAUUGAAAAGCAGCAUUGGCAUUAUUACAUACAAAUAUGGAUUCAUUUGUUUUUAUUAAGGGUGGUGGUGGUGAUGGUGAUGGUGUUUUUAGUGUUUUACUUACCUAAACACACAUUGACAUUGACACAAAAAUGAGAUUGACAUUGACAAACAACAACAACAAACAUAAUUGUGUUAUGUUUUUUGUUGUUCAUACAAAUCUUUCUCUCUCUCUCACUCAAAACAUUUUUGUAAAGUUGUAGCAUUAUUAUUAUUAUUAUUACUAUUGGCAAAUUCAAUUUCAGUUGUUA